AGCCAAAGCAGCUACCUGUAGAACCACAUGGUACAACAGAACUCAAUGGCCAGUACUCUGGGGUCCAAGAAGCCGUAAACAUGUGGGGAAAAGACCUGGACAUGAGGAAACAGGUAGCUAGUGUUUACUAACCUUGUAAAAAUACUCGCAAUAUGGGAAGAAUUUAUAACGAUAAUCGGAAACAUCCAAAUUGUGUCCUUUUAGUUUCAUAGUCGCCUGCUAAUCAUGCAUUUUCCUUCCCCAGAAAAUGUGUGUGUAUACUGAUAAUACCCCAUCCACACAACUACCUCCCGUGCCUCCACACACUGUCAAGGUUAGCUAGGAAAAAGUGUGUUUAUACAUCGUCCACUGUGCAUUUUCACACUAACCCCAAAUAGUUAAAAGAGUCUGCACCAUGUUAUGUCAAUCCUACGUGGUAUAUUUUCACUAUGAGGUUUGCAUAACACACAUAGAAGAAACGUUUCAUGUGUACCCAAAAGCACAUCGUCUAUCCUUGCGUGCUUUGAUGUAAGUGACUGACAUAAAUGUGCUUAAGUUAAGUUGUUAAUUUUACCACAGCCAAUAUAUCUACCCAAUUUCUCUCUCUGCUAUUGUCUUAGACCCUCGUCUAUGCAGAGGUGGGUCCACACAUCUCUCAGACCUGCAGACAAAUGUUCAACCCCCAGUCAGACAGAGUCCAGUAUGCCUCUCUGGACCACACUGCCACAGUGAGGGCAGUACCACCAGCAGAGCCUCUGCAGGAUCCAGAUUUGGAAGUGAGUCUGGACCAGAUCCUCAUUCAGUUGAGGGAAGUCACUCCUCACUGGAGGAGACUGGGAGAGGCAGUUGGUGUACAGAGGCUGGACGAAAUCUCUGAAUAUGUGGGUAGUGAGAGUGAGGCAAUGGUGGAGGUGGUGGAUGGAUGGCUGGCCAACCUCCACCCCAACAAGCCCACGUGGAGGGAGAUAGCUGAUGUGGUGGACAGCAUUGGUCACCAUGACCUGGCUCACUCCCUCAGACAGGUCUACAUCUCAGUCUACUCAUCUGAGCCAGGACCUGAGGAUUGUGGGACAACUGUGAACCUUACCAGUGUCAAUAACACCAUCAUCUAUGUGAAUGCCUCCCUGGAUACAGUAUGCUUCGAAUGUGACUACACACAAGUUUUGGGUCUCACUAAUGAGGCGGUGUUCAGGGUGAAUGACACUAAUGUUACUUCCAACAGCACCCUGGGAAGAGUGGUGAAGAAAUAUACGCAUAGUCAUUCAGAUACACUGGUAGUGAAUGACAGUAGCAGUGUAUUUAAUACAUUUUCUGACACAAACAUACAAUGCUGUGAGGUUUUUACCAAUGGUUCAUGG